GAACAAAAAUUAUUUUUCUAAAAUAUACUGUACGUUUUUUUUUUUUUUAAAACCCUCCCAUGCUGAGCUGUUUUCUACUAAUACGAACAUAGGGACAUUCCAUUUCACCAUUUCCCUGUGUUGUAUUCAUCCAACAAACAAAAACAAUGGUGAAAGCUGUAAGCAAGACAAGUGCAACCAAAGAAGAAGAAGUGCCAAAUGAGGGAGCAAGAGGAGAUUAUGAGAAGCGAAGAGCUGAAACAAUCAAAGAGAACAAAGAAAGACUCCAUAAACUAGGCAUUCUUCAACUUACUAAGAACAUCAAAACUGCAAAUUUACCUUCUAAGAAACUUACUCCCCGAAUCACCCGCUCCCCGGCACUGGCAUUGUCCACUGACCCUCCUCGACGCUCUUUUAGGUUGAAGGAUAAGCCUCCUGUUAGUUACAAAGAACUUAGGAUUCCCAAGGCAGAUAAGAUAUCAUCAGAGGAUGUAGAGAUUGAUAUACCAGAAGGUGAAAACCCUGAAGUCUACACAGAGGACCAUGAAAAGCUUUUAGGUUAUUGCAAAAAUGCUUGGAUUCUCUGUGUUGACGGUUAUGAUGAAGAUGGCCAGCGCAUAUAUGAUCCUGAUAAUGGCAAGUCAUGUCAUCAGUGCAGGCAGAAAACUCUUGGUCAACGCACUGAGUGCAGGAACUGCAAGCUUGUUCAUGGACAAUUUUGUGGAGAUUGUUUGUACAUGAGAUACGGAGAGAAUGUCGUUGAAGCAAAUGAAAAAGCAGACUGGAUUUGCCCUGUCUGUCGAGGAAUAUGCAAUUGCAGUCGAUGCAGGCGCGAGAAGGGGCAUGCACCAACUGGUGCGAUUUUUAAAAAGGUAAAGCGUCUUGGUUACAAAUCUGUGGCACAUUACCUUAUCAAAACUCGAAUGCGUAGUGACCAGGAAGACCUAAGGUCUGCAGAUUCACCUUCAGGAAAGAGUGUAGAGCCAUUCAGAGUUCACUAACACUCUCAACUUCACAAGCUGAUGAUAACAAAACUUUGAAGGGGGGAGAACCUGCACCCAUUGACCAUGGUGAUGAAUAUGGUGAUCCGGAAGAUGUCAAUGUGAAAAAAAUGUUAAAAAUAGAAUGAUUUAUGCUGGACAAAGGCGCAAAAGUGGAAAAGAGCCCUAUACAUAAGCAUAUAUUACUAAAUCAGUUCGCUGUUAGCAUUAAUCAGUCUUUUUGUUUGGAUAUUAACACUUUGUAAGCAUAUAUUACUAAACCAGCUCGGUUGUCAGCAAGCAAUCUUUUUGUUAGGAUAUUAACGUUUUGUAAGCAUAUAUUACUAAAUCGGCUCAGUUAGGAGUAAGCAAUCUUUUAAGAAUCCAAAAGGUAGGACAAGCCUGUAUUUUGCUCGUGUUUAUGUAUGCAUUUUAGUGUGAAUGCUUAUGAUAAA